AACCACCGACGGUGAAUCUGCCCUCAUCACUUCUUUCCUGCGACCGAAACCUGCGCAUUUAUACCUGCCUUAGGCGUCAAGAUGAGUUUCCUCGAUUCGGUUCUUUCAUCCAUCGAGACGGGCAAACCGUCUCCCCUACCGCCAGUCACUACCACACAGUCAGCACCCGUCUCCUCAUCAACUGCCAAAUCGGAGGCCCGCAGGCCCAGCACUACCCCGCGUGAUGUCGCUGAGCGGUCAAGUAAUGCUGCAGGUACGAAACGCAAGGCUGAGGAGCUGCUGCAACGUCCUCAAAAGCCUCUUACCCAGGCAUCUAGCAAACAAUCACUCUCUAGACCAAUGGCUGCGGCUGCGGUUCCUAAACCCCGUCCUGCCACCACAUCAGUUGCGAAGCCUACCGUAAAGAGCAAUAUAUCAACGUCAUCGGCACCACAGAAAGCAGCUCCAGUGUCUUCCAAGCCUCCCCCGAAGGGGUCAUUUGCGGAGAUCAUGGCAAAGGCAAAGGAACUGCAGCAGAAAGCCCCAACACAAGCGGGCAUGUUCAAGCACCAGGCUGUACCUAAAGAGAAGCUUAGCAAGAUGGAACGCAAGAAACGAGCAAUGGAAGCACAAGCAAAGGAAAAAGAUGCACGAUCGGCGAAGAAACCCGGCAGCACGUCUGGUCCGGCAACAGGUAGCAAAGCCGGUGAUGGAAAACCUGCUAGGAAACGGGAGCCUGAAGAGCUGUCGUACAAGGGUACUGCAAGGCCAACACCGUCUGCGGUACCGGAAUACAGAGGUACGGCUGGCUUACCCGCUCGAAACAAUCCAAUCGAUCGGAAAGCACAGGCUCGAGCGAGCAAACGAUCUAGGAUGGACGAAUAUCUUGGAACAGACGAGGAAGACGAGGGCGAAUAUGCAGACGACUACGAUGAUUACUACUCAGAUGCCUCAUCGGAUAUGGAAGGCGGAUUUAAUGAUAUGGAGGAGGAAGAAGCAGCCGCAUUGGCAGUUGCAAGGAAAGAGGAUGAAGAAGAAUGGCGUGCGGAGCUUGCAGCCAAGCAAGCAAAGCUGGAGCGCCAGAGGAAGCUUUCUACAUUGGCAUCCCGAAGACGUUGAGGCUACGAAGCAGUCUUUUCCCUUCCUUUGUUUUUUCUUUGUCAGUAAUUUCUGUUCUACUUCUUCGGCACAUUUUUCUUUUGGCUUGGAACGGAGCAUCAGCGAGAAAUACCCGAGGGUGCAUUACAUAUGACAUCUCUUCUUUUCCCCUUAUUUCUUACUUUCUCUUCUCUUUUAGGGCAACUUCCUGUUUAUGAUAUGUUUUUUGAGUCCUUCUGUGCAUUAGCGAGCGUCAUGGUGUUGAUAGAUAGGGUGGCAACGCUGCUCUCUUUAGCGUUAUCUUCUUUUCCUUCCGUUGGAAU